UGAGCAGUCUUUUUCUCACGUUAUUAUUGGUGCAACCACGUCAUCCUUCAUCUCGUGUGGAAGCAUAAAACCCCUUUUGUUGCAACUCUUUUCUUCUGCAUUCGAUCAAUUCAAUUCAAUUCAACUCACCUUCUUAGUUCCAAUUCACGUUUCUUUCUUCCAAAGAUGGAUUGGCAAGGGCAAAACCUAGCAGAGAAGCUAAUGCAGAUAAUGUUGCUUGCAUUUGCUGUGGUUGCAUUUGGAACGGGAUAUCUUAUGGCUUCUUUCAAGACGAUGAUGCUCAUAUAUGCUGGUGGUGUUGUUCUCACCACACUGGUGACUGUCCCAAAUUGGCCCUUUUUCAACCGCCAUCCUCUCAAGUGGUUGGAUCCAAGUGAGGUAGAAAAGCAUCCGAAGCCACAGCUAUCUCCUAUUGUGAAUUCAAAGAAGAAACCCAUUAAGAAGUAGGGUAAAGAACAAAUGCUGUACUAGUAAUUCCCUGAGUUGAAAUUUCAUGCUUUAACAGGAUUUUACUUUUAUUUUCUUUCCCUCUUGUUCCCCCUUGGUGGAUAUUAUUACAAAUUUACAAUGUACUUUACUUUUUUGGACUACAAAAAUAUUAGCAAUUUUCGUUUUAGGUUUGA